AUGACUGCCGGACUGCCAAGGAGCUUCCGGCACAUACAGGUGCUCGCGAAGCAACAUGCCAACACCAUCACGUUGGGACAGCUGAUGAGGAACACGCGCUCGGACCCGGUGUCGCUGAUCCGCCAGGGCCAAUGGCUUCGUGGCCAACUCCCGAUCCGCUUCGCGCGGCGCCUGGACGAAUUCCUGCAACUUCCGUACGUAGUGGUGCACAACAGAAACAUCAAGCAGGUCUUGGAUAUCUACGUCGACACGUUCGAGAGUGUGUCAGACUUCCCCAGCAUCUUGACAGAGAAAGAUGAGGCGGAGUUUGCAGGGCUUGUGAAAGCACAGCUGGAGAAACAUCAGCAAGUGGCCCGGCUCGUCGCUGAAGGCUAUCGCGAGGUGCGGAUGGCAUAUCCCCACUUCCGCUUGGACAGUUUCCUGGACCGUUUGUUUAUCACACGGAUAUCAGUCCGUAUCUUGAUGGAGAACUACAUCCGAAUGCGCACUCCGCAAGACGGCUUUAUAGGCGUAGUUCAACGGGACAUGUCGCCGCAUAGGAUCAUCCAGGAGCUGAGCAACGAGAUCACCCGCCUUACCGAGGCCAUCUACGGCGUGGCACCAGAGAUCGAGUUCCGCGGGAACAUGUCCUGCACCUUGGACUACAUCCCGCGGCAUGUGCAGUUCAUGUGCCAGGAGCUUCUAAAGAACGCUGUCCGUGCCACCACGGAGCGGCACAAGCCUCGGGAUCGGCAGAUCGGCUUUGCUUCGCCAGCAAUGCCCAAAGUUGUGGUAGAGCUGCAGAAGGGCGACGUCCAUGUCAUUAUCAAGAUCAGCGACCAGGGCGGUGGUGUGCCGAAGAAGGUCCAAGAUGAGGCCUGGCAGUAUGGCUGGACCACGGCAGACAACGACCAUGAGGACGAGGAGGACCCCUACUCCGGCUGCACCUGGCGCAAGGAGCUGGCCGGUUACGGCUUUGGAUUGCCUCUCACAAGGCUACAUGCCCAGUAUUUCGGCGGUGACGUCUUCAUGCAGGCUCUGCCAGGACACGGCACGGACAUGUACCUGCUCUUGAACCACCUGAAGCAGGGGAGCCCCUCCACAGAAGAAGACGAUCCAUCGACUGCGCUGACAGUGACUGAAAAUCAGUCGGUGAAUGCGCCAUGA